UACUUCUUUCUGCGUCUGCCUGUCUCUGGACUGAAAUUAUCUGUGUUAUAAGAUCGUGUACUUGUAGUGAAAUAUUGAAUCCGAAUCGUCGUGUAUUAAAUAAUACUUUUAUUUUAUAGAUUAUUUCGAAGCUUGUGUGAUCGCAAAUUAUCAAACAGUAUUGCUUCGACGUUGUAAUUGUGUAUUUAGCAAUGGUGGAUAUUCGUCGAAUGCAAAAAUAGUACUGUUUCGCGAAACAUGUAAUAACUCGUUAUUGUGUUCUUGAGCAACAUAUGAUCAAAUAAACGCGCAAAAUGUCCGAAGAAAAUCAACCCUUGAUAUCAGCACCAGAUACGAAGAAAGCAGACAAGUCUGCUUCUUCGUAUCACCCGAUUAGAGAAUCGCCCGAUACCUCCACCGUUCAUAUUGGAGGUGGACCGAUGGAAGAGUCUAACGAUACGAUGAAAAACAUCAGAGGUGCUAACGAAGAAGAAAGACGUAUUUAUAAUCCAUUGUUGAAUCGUAUUCUCGAGAAUCCUACGUCUAAUCUCGAUACGAUGAUACAUCUUUUGAAGGGUAAUAUCGGUACUGGAAUUUUAGCGAUGCCAGAUGCAUUCCGAAACUCUGGCUGGUUAGUGGGUAUUUUCGGUACCAUGUUUAUGGCUGUUAUUUGUACCCAUUGUAUGCAUAUCUUGGUGUACUGUUCGCAAGAAUUAUGUCGAAGGAUUCGAGUACCAACGUUGGGAUUUGCUAAUGUGGCCGAAGUAGCCUUCGAUACAGGACCGCGUCAGUUUCAGAAAUUCUCCAAACUCGCGAGAUUUCUAGUUAACGCGUUCCUCGUAAUUACGCAAAUUGGUUUCUGUUGCGUAUAUUUCGUUUUCGUGGCGGCUAAUUUGCAGGAAUUCACAGCCCACUACUUCGUUCGUCUGGACGUAAAAUGGUUCCUGGUGCUUCUACUGUUACCGUUGAUAUUUUUGAAUCUCAUCAAGAGCCUGAAAUACUUAACACCCGCAUCAUUGACCGCGAGUAUAUUGACCGUAUCCGGACUGGGUAUUACUUUCUUCUAUCUCCUACAAGGAUUACCUCGAACUUCGACUGUACGAGCGUUCGCUCCCCUCGACCAAUUACCGUUGUACUUCGGAACCGCUAUUUACGCUUUCGAAGGAAUUAGCCUGGUGCUACCUUUGGAAAAUAACAUGGAAACUCCCCAAGAUUUCGGAGGCUAUACCGGUGUCCUAAAUACCGGAAUGGUGAUCGUUGCUUGUCUCUAUAUCGGCGUUGGAUUCUUCGGGUACUUGAAGUACGGCGAUAAAGUCAAACUAGGCAGUAUUACGUUGAAUUUACCCGCCAACGACAUAUUGGCCCAAUGUGUCCGCGUCUGUAUGGCGAUUGCAAUUUUCCUUUCGUAUGGAUUACAGUUUUACGUACCGAUGAGUAUAAUUUGGCCCACUCUAUCGCAAAGGUUUCCUACCGAGGUUACCAAGAAAUACGGCGAAUACGUUGUUCGAGUUGUUCUUAUAAUGUUCACCUUUUUACUCGCAGCUGUAAUUCCAAAUCUGAGUUCGGUCAUCUCGUUAGUCGGUUCGGUAAGUAGUUCGAUGCUAGCUCUAAUCUUCCCACCACUGAUAGAACUCGCCACCUUCUGGGAUGCCGGAAUAUCUCGUUUUACCAUCGCCAAAGACAUAUUCAUCGCUCUCUUCGGACUACUAGGUUUUGUGGCCGGAUCGUACACAAGUAUAUUGAACAUACUCUACGGUUACGACUAGAAAGAAACAACUACUGAUCUAGAACGAAACAAACCCUACUACUACGUACAACUCCUUAAUAUUGACGAGUAUAUUCGACUCGAAAAAAAUCGAAAGCUUUUCAUUUCCACUUCGUGUGAAAGAUUUUCCAACUUCUAUCACUCGAUUAUUAUUUUUAAACGAACGUUUGUUUUUUGUUUUUUUUUCUUCUGGUUUUCUACGCUUAAAAACAUUCCAAGCUGAUCUUCGAUUUUAAUUUUAGCAAAUGAAGACAAUAAUGUGUUAUAUUUUAUUAAGUUUUCCUUCCUUAUUUUCGUUUUUUUUUUGUUUUAUUAUUGUAUUCCUUAUUUUUUUUCUUUCGUUGUUCAUCUAGUCCUUCGUACAAAUUAUGUGUGUAUGUGUGUUUUAUCUUGUAUACGUAACGUACUAGAUCCACAUCAUGUACUUCCUCUAUUCCUCGAUCGUGUUGACUUAUAUUAUAUUUUAGCUGAAUUAUUCCAAUUUUUAAUUACUUAAUAUCUUUUUGUUAUUUUCCCAGUGUUUUAUUUCGAUUAUUUUAAUGCAUUAUUUAAUUAACCAUCGUUGAUAAGAAGAGAAUUUUUGUACGUGUUGAAAAAGAAUUUCAAAUCAUACAGAAUACGUGUGUUGA